AUGAAGAAGAAGAAGAAGACGAUGUCGAAUCUUACAAGGGAUUUGUGGGAGGAGGUGCUGUGUAGAAUCCCUUUGACAGGUCUGAGAAAAGUCCGAUCUACUUGCAGAAAGUGGAACACUUUAUCCAAAAACACCUUCUUUGCAAAGAAGCAUCUUGCAAAAGCAGCAGCCAAGGAGGAGUUGAUGAUGGUGGUGGUGAUGGAUUUCAGCGUUUAUCUGAUGGGAGUGAAUCUCUCCGACAAGGAAUCAUCAUGCAUAAAGCGACAAAGCAAACUGAUUGGCCCCGAAAUCGAAGUGCGCCAAGUGCUUCAUUGCGACGGUCUAUUGCUAUGCGUUUCGAGAGACGACGCUAAGCUGGUGGUUUGGAACCCGUAUUGCGGGAAGCCCCUGUGGAUCGAGCAAGGCAUAAACCUCGGUUUCUGGUAUGCCCUCGGAUACGACAAGCGCAGCGAAUCCCACAAAGUCUUGAGAUUUAGGGACCGCAAAGAUUUCACAAUCUACGACUUAGACAACAACAACAACAACUCUGAUUCAUGGAGGGUUCUUGAUAUCACUGCAAGCUGGCGGGUGAAUUCUUAUCAAUCUAGCGUGACUCUCGAUGGGAAUGCCUACUGGCUUGCUACAGCUGCGGUUUCAGGAGAUUGCUGCUUGGUCUGUUUUGAUUUCACAAGAGAGACGUUUGGGCCGCUGUUGCCUCUGCCUUUCGAGCAUUCCCCUCAAGAUGGAGAUACUGUGAGUCUAUCUGUCGUCGGAGGAGGAGGAGGGAAGAAGCUGGCGGUUUUGUUUCAGCCGUGGGACACUUUGAAAGUGGAGAUUUGGGUUACGAGCAAGAUUGAGCCUGAUGCUGUGACGUGGGAGAGUGAGGUGUUCUUGAAAGUGAGUUUGAAACAAGUGAUUCACCCUCAGUUUCAGUUUACGGUUACAGGUGGUAGUUUCUUGAUUGACGAGGAGAGGAAGCUCGCUAUUGUUUUUGAUGAAGAAGAAGACGAUCUCGAUAUACACCCUGCUCGCAACCUGGCUUACGUGAUUGGAGCCGAUGGGUUCUUUAAGAAAGUUGAUCUUGGAGAAUCUGCUCACGAGCAGGAACCUCCACUUGCCUGCUCUUAUCUUCCAAGUUUGGUCCAACCUUGUUAG